AUGUCCGUAACUUGCUCAGCUAUACGCCAAAUGGCUUGGCUACCAGCUGGAAACUCUGGUGACGAUGAAUCGACAGAAGAAGAUACCGGUGGUCGAGCUAAUAGUAGCGUAGACUCAUUGAUAGAGAUCGAUCGGGAUGAUGAUCCGGACUUCCGAAUCAGACAACGGUUAGAAGCAUCUCGGCAAGGAAUGCUACAGCUUGAGCUACUUCGGAACAAACAUCAAAAACUAAUGCAGGAAAUGCGAAUCUGUUUGCCACGUACUAUUCAAAACAAUCCGUCAAGAAGUUCAAGAGGUCAAAGUCCGGAAGAGCAACCUCGAGAAUCGCCGAUUGCAAAUUCACAUCAUGAAAUUAAGUUAAAUGAUUCUCGAUGUGAUAGCCCAGGAAGUUGUUGUGUAAGUCAUCGGUCGUCUGUUAGCAUGGAUUCGGGUUGUGUAUUAAUUUCUUCCGAUCUUAGUAGUGGAAAUUACAGUAGUCAACCGAUGCCUCCUAGUACUUACCGAAAGUUCUCUAUUGAUGACAAACGAAAAAGAAGUGAACGGAACCAGAAUGUUACAGAAAUUUCGACUGAUAAAAAUCCAAAGCUUAUGGCUAUGGCCAUAAAAAGUAUCACAGCUUUGCGCUGUGUUCGAGAAGAAUACCGUUCUCAAAAUUGUUCAGAGAUAAAAUCGUGCAAUACUCUCGAUAAAAAUAAUGUUAUUACAGUGGAUUCGCCAUCAAUUUCUCAAACAACUCCUCUGCUAAUCCCUCGAAAAUUUUCGGUUCUCUCAGGAAAAUCGAAAAUUGCUCAUACUGAUCAUAAAGGUCUUAAACCAGGAUGCAUCGAUGCAUCCAUCCGUUCCCAAAUACAUAGCUGGGAGAAGAAAUCACCGACAAAUUUACCUUCGAAUCAGUCAUCGAUGCUGCAUACAAAGCCAAUUACCUUAUCGCUAUCAUCGAAAAUACCAACUUCUCCUUAUAUGAGACUCAGAAAUCCGCAAAUUCAGAAGCCACUGAGUAAUUCUCGAAUAGAAUCCAAUUCAACCGAUAAUCAAUCUAUAUUUCACGCUAGCCGAAUAUUUGUGGAUGGAUCACCGCGUUUGAUGCAGUAUCCAAGAAAAUAUAUGAAUACCGACAGGCAUGAUUCUGAUGACGAGAACUCAAGCCUUUUACGUGCACAGCCGGCCAUUGUUCUUAGCAGGCAGCAAAGUUACGCACAGUCAAAUGAGAAUUCCCCACGUGAAUUACGAAAAAAUCACUGCAUCAAAAGUUAUGAUUCCUCUUCAAAUGUUACAUUGCUUGGCUACCAUCAAAAACUCAGCCGAUGUGAAAGCUCGCAAAGUUCAGAAACAACAAUGCCUGACCGGCCUCGUCGCCGUAAGAAGGAAAAAGACUGGAAGGAAUCUGAGGAUUUGUAG